AUGACAUCCGUUUUCAGAAACGGUCGGGUUUUCGUCGCCUCGUCAUCGGCCAGUGACGGUGACAACUUCGCAGAGUGCAUGAUCAUCGAGAAUGACCGCAUUGCCUAUGUCGGUCCUGAGAUCAAGAUCCCGGAAGGUGCUACAGUCGUUGAUUUGAACAAUCGCGUCGUUGUUCCAGGAUUCGUCGACGGCCACGUUCAUAUUCUGCAUCAUGGCCAAUCCCUCCGGAAAGCGAAUCUCAUUGAAUGCACUUCCCUCGAGCAGAUCCGGGAAGUGAUCAAGACGUAUGCCCAAGAACACCCGUCGGCACCACGCAUUCUCUGCCGAGGGUGGAUCCAAUCGUCCACCAAUGGAGUCGCUCUAGCUAGCAUGCUCGACGAUCUUGAUUCGCGACCUAUCUACAUUGACGCUUUCGAUCUCCACUCGAUGUGGUGCAACUCAGCUGCACUCGAGGAAAUGGGUUCUAGCACUUGGGCAGAUCUCCCCGGUGGUACUAUUCACCGUGAUAAGGAUGGGAAGCCCUCAGGUCUCCUGGAUGAAUCCGCUGUCAUCAACAAUGCGUGGCCUUUCUUGGACAGACUCUACUCGACAGAAGAUAAAUUGAGCGCCUUGAACACCGCAGUCGAGGGAUACACGGCCGCCGGCUAUACCGGACUUAUCGACAUGGCCAUGGACGACAGCACAUGGGAGAUUUUGAACAUGUAUCGCCGCAACAAAGGAAUCCCAUUCCACGUCGGAGUCCACUGGCUCGUCCCAUUCUCAAACGACCAACAAGCCAACCUCCGCUACGUGGACCGAGCCAUCGAGCUCAAGAAGCAGUACACGGACCCCGAGUUUACCGUCGUUGGAAUUAAACUCAUCUGCGACGGCGUCGUUGAUGGAUGUACCGCCGCUCUGAUGCAGCCAUACUCUGGAAAAUCCUCCCUAGUGGACCCGAUCUGGCCCGAGGACAUGUUGCGAGAGGUAGUCGAAUACGCCGACAAAGCCGGACUUCAAUGCGCCAUCCACGCCAUCGGCGACCUAGCAGUCCACCAGGCAAUCGACGUCCUAUCACAGGUUGGCACGCCCGGCCGUCGGCACAGAAUCGAGCACCUCGAAAUGACCACCUCCGAAGAUGCGAAGCGACUAGGCCAACUAGGAAUCACCGCAUCCGUCCAACCAGUCCACUCAGACCCAAUGCUCUUCAAGGCAUGGCCUACUCUAAUCGGCGAACACCGAUGCAAACGGGCUUUCGCGUACAAGGAGUUCCUAGACGGAGGCGCUCCUCUCGCCAUUGGAACGGAUUCUCCUACUGCUCGACACUUCCCCUUCCCUAAUCUGUACAAUGCCACUACCAGGCGUUCGGCUCUUGAGCCGGAGACUACGAACACUGUUAAUUCUCAUUUUGCGAUGAGCUUGGCCCAGGCGGCUACUGCUGCUAGUAAUGGCUCGGCCUAUGCGCGCUUUGCUGAUUCUUGGACUGGAAGUUUGAAGGAGGGAUUGAAUGCGGACUUCUUGGUGGUUGAUAUGGAGUGGUCGCCGGAGAAGCUCCUGGAGGCGAAGGUUUGCCAGACUUGGUAUCGGGGAAAGAAGGUAUUUGAUUCGGCUGCUGCGACAUCAUAG